AUGGCCGCACCAGUGCCGCUCGAUCGAAUUCCUCCCACAACAACUGCCUACGUAAUCGCCACCGCCAUUGUCGCCGGCGUCGCAGGUUACUUCAUUGGCCAAGGAAAAUCGCUCGGCCUCUUCAAAGAGAAGCAGGGCUGGCCGAAUGGCUACGAUGUGAAGGUCCACAAGGACUCUUCUGACGAAGAAGGCGACUCCGAAUCUGAAGAGAUGAGCGAUGUGGAAGACGAUGGCAACGGCGAGGAACUGGCUAGCUUCAAGGACAACACCGACGAGGUGAAGCUGGUGCUUGUCGUGCGGACAGACCUGGGCAUGACCAAGGGCAAAAUCGCCGCCCAAGCCUCGCACGCGACACUCGCCUGUUACAAGUACUUCCAUGCGCACUCGCCUGACUCCCCAAUCCUGCGCCGCUGGGAGCGCAACGGUCAAGCCAAGAUCGCACUGCAGGUCAAGUCCGAAGAUGAGCUGCUUUUGCUGCAGGCCCAGGCUAUGAGCUUGGGACUUUGCGCACGCAUUAUUCAAGAUGCUGGUCGCACUCAGAUUGCCAGUGGUAGCCGGACGGUGUUGGGUAUCCUAGGCCCUAAGAGCGUCAUUGACGGCGUGACAGGACAUCUGAAGCUUCUGUAG